AUGGCACGUAUCUCUCGUUAUGAGUUGCUUUCAAGUUCAGUCGGUGCUCUCGUACACAUCCUCUUCGUUGCAAUACCAAAAGAUUUAUGGCGGUGGCGGAAUUUGACACCGAAAGAUGUUCGCAACAAAACAAUUGUUAUCACUGGAGCUGCAUCUGGACUCGGUAAAGCAAUGGCCGAAUUGUUUGCUAUUGAUUAUGGCGCUAAAGUGGCUAUCGUUGAUGUGAAUGAGAUCUCUGCGAGUUGUUACACACAGUUGGUGGCAUGUAAAUCAUCAAAUUCAGGACAAGUGGACAUCGUAAUUUGUAAUGCAGCGAUUCUCUUCUUUGGUCAUGCCCUUCAACUGACUACAGCACAACUGCAGAAAUCAUUCAAUGUCAACAUAAUGGGCACUGUUAAUACAAUACGAGCAUUUUUGCGUGAUAUGGAGGAACGGAAUGAUGGCCAAAUCGUAGUGAUAUCGUCAAUUGCCGGAUGUUUUGGAGAAACAAAUGGUCUUGCUUACUGUCCAAGUAAGUUUGCGGUUCGAGGAGUGAUGGAAAGUAUCCAAAUGGAGAUGAGAGAUCGAGGUUUGAAUGGGAUUAAGUUCACGACCAUUUAUCCGUAUUUCGUUCGAACACCAAUGAUUCUCAAAAUGGGAAUGCGACCAACGUCAUCCUUGACAUCAAAUAAUGUGAGGAUGGCAAUAAGAGAAUAUCUGAAUUGUCGCUAUGAACCAAUGGAAAAACUCGAACUUGAAAAGGAUCAGCAGUGUACAUUAUCAAAAAAUAUUGAUUUCUUCAAAAAACUUGACCUGCUGUGGAAAUGCCUUGCACAGGCGCCAUUAUUUGCGGUUACGGUAACGAAUCUUUGGUUCAUUAUUGUUUCAGAUUAA